CAGUCAGACGUUCUGUCUGACGUUCAGUGACAAAAAAAAUCAUCUAACCAAUUCAAUUUUCAGAAUUUUCUUCAAUAAAGAUGCGAUUCUGUUUCUGAAGCAAAAUAUAGUUCAAUAUGUUUACUUAAAAUCGUCGAAGCUUUUUCACCUAAGUCCUGGAAUUUUUCAACUAGCAUGUGCUAGGUAUGGAUUCCCAUUUUCAACAUAAAAUAAAAUUAGGACAGAAAAUGGAUGGCGAAACGGCCGACGAGGCUAAUAAUUUAUUGGGAAAUGGAAUUCUCGUGGAGACAACUACAGGUUUAAUUUGUAUGUCCUUAAAUGAUGCACUUUCAUUAGAUUCAAACUUAUCAGUUGAUGACUUACGAAACGUUGCUGCGCAGUUGAUUUCUCAGCAGAAUGUAGUAACACAUACUUCGAAAUUAGCUCAAACCAAUCUCAGUUGUGAUAGCGAUGGUUUCUCAAGUGAAUGUAGUGAUAUAAGCACUACCACAUCUGGAUCUACUGUUCAGUCCACCUACAAAACUUUUCCACCUUUACUGAGUGACAUUCAAUCGAAUGUAUUCAGAUAUGGAAGACAUACACAAAAUAUUAGACCCAGUGCAAGUACUAUUGACAGAACCUCCUUGAAUAUUACGGGACUUGAAAGUGAAUCUAACCUGAAUGAAAGAACGAUAAAAAUUAUUUGUAAUAAACCAGUUAUAAAAAUUGAACCUGCCAUCCAAAUUCCUGUUAUGGCUAAAACUCUGGCAGAUGCAGCUAAACCAAAGAAGGGACGAGGCGGCUGGCCUAAGGGUAGAAAACGGAAACCCGAGUUAUUGAAUCUGCCGCCCAAGGCUCCGGCAACAGGGUACACUCUUUAUCUCAACGAACAAAGAAAGUUGUUCAAAGAAAGUAAAUUAGUCUUCCACGAAAUUACUAAAAUAAUUGGUAAUAAAUGGUCCAGCUUGACUUUGGAAGAGAAAAAACCUUAUUUAGAGAAAGCUGAAGAAGACAAAAAAAGGUAUAGAGAGGAACUGAAACAAUACAGACAGUCGGACGCUUAUAGAACUUAUCUUACUAAAAAGAGGAAAAAGAGGCUGCAGUAUAAUAUCCUUUCCGAGAGUGACAUGGAUGCCACUGAUGAUUUUGAUGAAGAAGAUAAUGAAGAACUGUAUUGUCGAACUUGUGACCAAUGGUUUCACAAUCUACACAAUAAACGUGAACAUCUUCAAGGUAAGCAGCAUCUACAAUCUGUAGCAGGCGAUAUUACUAGAGAAUUGGGAUCUGAUGAUGUUGGCACCACCAGCGCAGUUUCAUUCAGUACUUCCCUAGAUGAAUCUAGCCUUGAUGGCAUGCCUAAUUUGAGAAGCACUGGAGAUGGUAAAGUCGGUGGUGCUUCAUUGAAUUCAUCAAUUUUUGAUGUGAUGGCAAACCUGACAUCAAUAGUUUCAAAAAGGGAAACAGAAAUAAAAAUCCUCCAGAACAGGGAACAAGAAUAUAUAUCGCAAAAGCAGGCCCUUUCUAAUCAGCUGAUGCAAUUGAGUGAGAGACACAAAAAAUUGCAGAAAGAUUUUCUGCAAUUGAAGGAAAAAGAAAGGGAUGUGGAACAGAAAAUCAACCAAUUGUCGGCGGUGCCGAAUUGCUUCAUAAUUAAAGAAAAUAUUGGGUAGUUUGCCGCACCUGAUAGAUACAUUAUUAUUACAUUGAGUUGGUUGGUGGCAGCCAAUUGAAAAAUGUUGAUUCCCAAAUGUUUUUCACAUUCAGGGCCGAGAAGCAGAGCAGCAGUCGGUAAUACAGGGACUCACAAGUAGC